AUGGCAUUAAAUAGUGAUAACACAAAUAAUAAUAAUAAUAAUAAUAAUAAUCAAUUUACUCUAACUGUCAGUGAUUUAUUAAGGGAUGCUACACGCAUCCACGAAUUCAGAGGAGGUGACGAUUAUGCUUUGUCGUCAUUUCUAAGAGAGGUUGAUACUAUAUUACCUCUAUUCAACAGUAAUCCUGAUCUAAAGCAAUAUGUCUUUCAAAGAACUAUUAUAAAUAAGAUACCAGAACCAGACUUAGAAGUCAUAAGAACAUUAGGACCAGAUGCAACCUGGGAUAACAUGAAAGAAAUCCUAGUCAACAACUUCGGCGUCAAGGAGACUUAUCAUCAACUGUACCAGGAGGCUCUAUCUAUAAAAGUUCAAUCUGUAAGUUCAGUAAGUGAAGUUUUUAAUAAGUUAAAAGUUAUAUUAGGGAAAUUAAAUGAAAAGUAUGAAUUCGAUGUAAAUAAACCUAAGGAAUUCAGUCCUAAAACAAAUGAAUCCAGCUUAAGAGAAGCCUACAAUACUUUAACUAGUUCAAAUUUAAUUAGAGAAAGAAAUUCCAACAAUAACUAUGGCAAUCGUAAUAGAUAUUUAGGACACUCUAACAACUCAGGACAGACUAUAUUUAAUCGUAGCAAUAACAACAACCAUGCUAAUAAUUACAAUAAUAAUAAUAAUAGUUCCAAUAAUUCUGGACGAACAAGAUUCAAUAAUAAUUAUAGAGCUAAUCACCAGGAACCGAUGGAAGUAGAUCAUAUUCAGGAUCAUAAUAAACUUCCUAGAUAUAAGAGGUAUAAUAUUAAGAAACCUAUCCCUUUUAGCACCAUAAAUGGAACUAUAUAUGUCAAUAAAGAAAUAAAAACAAAUUUGCCAUUAGAGUUUAAUGAAGAUGCAGAAAUGAUCUGGAAACUAGUUAAAUUUGACAAUAAGGAUUUUCAUGGCAUAAUAGAUUACAGUAGUAUAAGUAACAAUGACUUUGAAAAUUUGAAGAAAUCUCUAAACUCUGAAGAAAAGACUCAUUUAAAUAAAUUACUAAAUAACUAUAGCGAUCUCUUCUUUAAAGAGGGAGACUAUUUAACUAACACUACAGAAAUUCAACAUCAAAUCAUAACAACUAUUGACAGACCGAUAUAUUUUAAAAUAUACAGAUACCCUCAAAUACAUGAGAAGGAAAUAUCGAAACAAAUAUCUGACAUGCUUAAGCAAGGAAUAAUAAAAGAAAGCAACUCACCUUACAAUAGUUCUUUAUGGAUUGUACAGAAAAAAGCCGACAGUUCAGGACAGAAGAAGUGGAGAAUUGUGAUCGACUACCGUAAACUCAAUGAAGUGACGGUUGACGACAAAUUCCCCAUUCCUAACAUCGAGACUAUAUUAGACCAACUUCGCAGGACACAAUAUUUCACCACUCUUGAUCUUGCCAAGGGCUUUCAUCAAAUUUUGGUAAGGGAGGAAGAUAAAAAGAAAACAGCCUUUUCUACUCCUCAGGGGCACUAUGAAAACAACCAAACUAUAAUUGAAAAAUUAAGGGAAUACAAAUCACAAAGAGGGUAUUUUAAAAAAUUAGUAACAGACAACGAAUUUCGUAACGUAAAUAUAAAGGACUUCUUAAGAAAGGAAAAUAUAGAACUUCAUUUAGUUAAACCGAAUUCUCAUACCGGGAAUUCUAACAUAGAACGAUUACAUAAUAAACUUAGCGGAAAAAUUAGAAUGUUAGGAAUUGAAAAUGAGGACCUUAAUAUUCAAGAAAAAAUUUUUAGGGUUUCGGAAUGGUAUAGUAAUAGUUAUCAUUCCACAACCAGGGAAAAACCAAUAAAUAUCCAGGAAGAUGAUAGAGUAGAAGGUUAUAUAAAAAAUUAUAAAACAGUUAGGCACAAAGAACAACCUAAAUAUAAAAAACAUGCUCUUGAUAACAUUCAUUCUUCUACUAUUAAGAGAAAAUCAAAAUUUUCAGAUAAAAUUAAUCUUCAAAAUGCUAUUGCUGACAAUAAUACUGACAUUUUGCCAGGGACAUCUAACAGUAGAAAAAAUUGA